AUGACGGGUAAGGUGAGAGAGGAAGACUGGCAGAAGCUGAACGAACAAAUUCAAGAAUGGAAUGCGAACCGUUUGGAUUUGUUCGAGUUGAGUCAGCCGAAUCAGGAGUUGGAAUUCCAUGGUGUGAUGCGUUUCUUCCACCAUGAUGAUGGAGCUAAGGUUGUCACAAAAUGCAUUAGGGUUUCUAGCACAGCAAGCACUAAAGAUAUCCUUAAUACACUCAUAGAGAAAUUCAGGCCAGAUAUGAGGAUGUUGUCCAUGCCCAACUAUUCACUCUAUGAGGUCCACGUUAAUGGAGAAGAGCGUAGGCUACGAGAGGAUGAGUACCCCCUUUAUGUUCAGCUCAACUGGGGAAAAGAUGAUAGGGAGGGCCGGUUCCUUCUCAAGAAUGAAAACCUAAAAACAGCAAAGUUGUCAGACUCGAUGCAUGAUGAGAGCUUAACCGGACCAGGCUUUAAACGAAAACUCUCAAAACGUGAAAAGAAAGAACAAAAGAAGAAAGAGAAGGAAGCGAGAGCAGCGGGUAAAGAAAAUCUCGACACUAGCAUGUCUAAAGACAGUGGAGUCGGAGAGCAGUUAUAUAACGAGCUUCCAGAAACUAGUUUUACAAGAACAAUAUCAAAUCCCGAAUCAGUCAUGAGACGGAGAAGACAAAUGAAACUCGAGAAAAAAUUGCAGGAAAUUAAAAGCAAAAAUGGACCAGAUUCUGGUGGGACAUUAAAGAUCUAUGGUGAGUCCAUUGAUACCAAAGUGCCUUAUAAAACCCUCCUCCUUUCAAGUGCUGAUGAGGCAUCCUCUGUUGUCAAGGAAACACUCGACAAAUAUGGUAUGGAGAAGGAAGACCCCCUUAGUUUCUGCUUAGUACAGAUGAUUGUUCCCCAUCAAAGUAGUCCAGAAUACAAGGGUCCUGGACAAGGGAAGGAGAUUAUGUUGGAAGAUGAUGAAUGUCCCCUUGCAAUCCUAAUGCAACACUCACCAAAUGAAGGUUCUGUAAUGUUCCACCUAAGGCGGAGACCCGAAGGUAUGCCCAAGAGGAAGAAAAAGUCCCCAAAUCAAGUCAAUAGCCAGUCCUCCCUACCUCCUGGUCCUGAAAGUAGGGCCCAGGUACCACUAGAGAUUCUGCCUUACCUACUAGAGUUAGACCAAGAGGGUCGUGAUUUACCUCGUGCACAGAGGUUCUACAUCCACUACCAAGUGACUGAAGUCGGCAGUGAGAGGUCUAUGACCAACAACCAACAGUAUUUGCAGUUAAUGGGCCCAGGUAUAAGUCCAGUCCAUUGCGUCAUCACAUACACUGAUGGAAUAGUGACAGUGACACCCACGAGUCCUGACGCCAUCACAUAUGUUGAUAAUCGCCCUGUCAACAUGACAACUAUGCUACAACAUGGUAUGGUGGUCAGGUUUGGUCAGGCAGUUUGUUUCCGAUACUGCGACCCUGAUGAGACCCCCAAGAGAUCACCAGGGGGAGGGGGUGACCCUAAUGUACAGAAGGCAGGCCCCUACGGUCCAGAUGACCAGGCAAUAUUCGAGACAACUUUUGACAUGGCAGGUGACAUACAAACAGAAGUGUCACCAGGGCCUGAUGGGGGCAGAGGAGGAGUUCACUUCCCACCAGACCUUACUCUCCCAGCAACCCUAGAGUUCCAGGAACAAGGAGAGGAUGCCUUUCUUGCAGCCAUAAUAACUGAGGUCAAUCCAGGGGCAGUGCAAUUUAAACUAGCGCCAACUUACACACUUUACAUGGCCACUAGGUAUAGAGUAGCCAGGACUCAACGGGCCAAUAUGUCCCCCUCAGAGAGAAACCACAGAAUUAUGUCCCUCGUAAACAAAAUAGCUAGUAUGAUCAGACAGACUAUACAGGAAAAUCGCAAUAGUGCCCCAGUACUUGCAUUCUGGAUGGCGAAUGCCAGUGAAUUGCUACACUUCUACAAGAUGGACAGAGAUAUUAGUCAGUAUAGCAUAGAGGCCCAGGACUUGCUGGCCGAGGCUGUGCAGAUUACAUUUAGACAUCUGGUACACUGUAUGCAGAAUGAGCUGCGUAAAGUCAUGCCUGGUUUUAUACAGGAUCAUGAUGAAGAUUUGAUAGAAGAUGAAAAUCAGAGGAACCCUAAUUUCAACCCUCCCAGGCCAGACAUGGAGGAUGUUCUUCAAAACCUGUCAGCCGCUAUGUCGUUACUUCGACGUUGCCGUGUCAAUGCUGCUCUGACAAUCCAGCUGUUUUCUCAGCUCUUCCAUUAUGUAAACAUGUGGCUGUUCAAUCAAUUGGUUGGUGACCCCAGGUCAGGGCUGUGCAACAGAGUGUGCGGGAGACGUCUAAAAUUGAGGCUAUCAAGGGUUGAGAUAUGGGCUGAGAAGCAGGGCUUAGAACUAGCUGCUGAUUGUCAUCUUGCCAGGAUUGUACAGGCUGCUGUGCUUCUUCAGACCCCUAAGUUAAACAGGGACGACACUGCUUAUAUCAGUAAGACUUGCUUCAAACUGAACUCUAUACAAAUCAGAACAUUGUUGGAGAACUAUCAGCCCCUGCAGGGGGAGCCACCUGUUCCCCCAGAGAUGGUUUAUCAGCUGAUCCAAGUAGCUGAGGCAACAGCAGAUGCUACAACAAUGGCAGAGGGUAAACAAGUUCAGCUUGAGGAAGAACCUGAUCUCCAACUUCCAUUCUUACUCCCAGAGGAUGGUUACUCGUGUGAUAUUGUAGAAGGGGUCCCUACUGGGCUGGGAGAGUUCAUAGACCCCUUGAGUCAUACUGGUAUAUGUAGAGUGACCAUGCACCCAGACUCCCCCCAGCUGUGGACCAUAUACAUGGUAGGCCAGGAACCAACCAACUUAUCAACUGAGAAUGUUCAGAGGACAUCGCCACGUCCUGCUCCAGGCCCCGGAGGUGAUGCCCCACCCCAAGGAUUACCCAAAGAGCCAGAAGUGAUGACGGUGACAUUCGCUAAAGUAAAUGGUAGCAUGGGAUUAAGCAUUGUGGCUGCUAGGGGAGAUCGUCAGGAGGAGAAGGGAAUUUACAUUAAGUCUGUUGUCAAAGAAGGUGCUGCUGAUCUAGAUAAACGGCUACAAGCAGGAGAUCAACUUCUCGAGGUUGAUGGCAAGAAUCUGAUUGGAAAGACUCAAGAAAAGGCUGCGGAGUUGAUGACCAAAACUGGACAUAACGUCACGUUAAAGGUCGCAAAGCAGGCUGCCAUCUAUCAGGGACUUGCUACACUAUUAAGUCAACCUUCCCCAGUCAUGUCAAGAGGCUCAAAAUCCCAAGAACAAAUUCGCUCGACAUCUACAAGUAAUUUACGAGAUCAAAGAGACCCGCGUGAGGCCCCCCACAAUCCAUAUGCUAGACAACAUGGACCCCCACAACCCAUGGUUGACCCACGAGAAAUAGCCAUGCGAUCAAAAUCCACAUCAAAUCUUGAUCAGCGGGAGCCAGGUAGGAUAGAAAAUCAGCCAAUCAGAGACAAUCGUCAAGUGAUGUCAUCAAGUACAUUACCGAGAAAUUAUCAAACAAGAAACCAAGAAAAUCCUAAGAGCAUAUCGCAACCCAACUUGCAUCCUGAUCAAGAUAUGAGAAACAAUUAUGAGAAUUAUCACCCUGGUGGCGGUGGUGCUCCUCCCCCUAAUAGAUACCCUGGGGGACCUCAGAAUAAUCUACCCCCAGGGGAACCUGUACCACCAUAUAUGCAAAAGGAAACAGUGACGACAACAACUGUGCGCUCAGUAAAUGGUAAUGAACCACCCAGGGACAGGGAUAGAGAGGGAGGGUUUGGUCCCCCAGGGGCAAGAGGUUAUGAACAUGAUAUACCACGCCAAGCUCAGAAUAAUCAACACACUCAACAAAACUUUUACAAUAACACAGUACCUCUACCGGCUAACACCCAGCCUCAAUUUGAACGAAUGCAACGCCCAGCUGAACCAACCAAACCACAGGUAUCCCAGAAGCCCCAAAUUGCCCCAAAGCCUGAUGGGCCUCAAGUUGUCCAUCAGGAAAUUCCCAGAGUGUCGUCUGACCCACGGAAAACUCAACCCCAGUUCUUUGAAGACCCUCGUGAUCAUGAUCCUCAUUACCAGAAUGUCCAACAAGCAAAAUUACAAGGGAAAGUAAUUACAGAAACGAGGACAGUGCAGUUCCAGGAUCGCAAACCCUCUCCCCAGAGAAUAGAUGAUAUACGUCGUCAAACACCCGAUAGGAGAAGUGAAUCGCCAAACUUGCCCCCACCCCCAGAGAUUCCCCCUCCCCCUGCAGAUCUUGAUGGAUAUGUUGAUGAUCUCCCUCCCCCACCUCCACCACAGGAUGGUGGCUCCCCCUAUGACCAACAACGAAGAUUUGAAAUGGAACAGCGGAGACAUCAGGAGCAGCAGAGGGACCGUAUGGCCAGCUACGGAGGUGAUCACCGAAGACCUGAGCCCCAUGGCUACCAACCUCCCCCUAGCGCACCCCCAGGUGGACCACAUGGUCGCCAACACCCCGAGCCUAUGCGCCCAAUUGAAUCUCAGCAACCAUUAUCACGCGGUCCUCCAACAGUGCCACCUAGUGGCCCAAGAGCAGACAAGGAUGUUAUCCGUGAUAUCAACGAAAUAAAUAAACUUGAAAAAGACUCAAUGGGCUCAUGGAAUCCCAAUGCCGUGGCAGGUCCUGGGGGACAGGGACCAUCGCUACAGGUGAGGAUGUUGGCGGAGGCUAUGAGGACAGGGGCGCCCCCUCCCUCUCCUUCACCCUGGGAGAAAGAGGAAAAGGAAAGGAAAGAGAAGAAGGUCGCAACUGAGAUGGGACAGAUGAGAGAUGAGGAGAUUGGGUUCUUGGCAAGCAAGCAGUUCAGGACACCAGACGAGGAAGCUCGAUUACAGAAGUUGCGACUUGACCAGGAGUUCCAACGUCGUCUGGACGAAUCAAAGAAUGAUGAUGAUGAAGAAGGAGAUAGUGAUUCAGAAUUGACAGAUAGAGCCUCGGGUCGUAGGGAGCUACUCCGUAGAAUGCAAGAAGACCUUGCCCAGAGAAGGAAAAAGAGUGAAGAAGAUGAACAACAGAGACGUAUAGAUGACUUCAAGGCUGAACAAGAGAAGACAGAAAGACAAAACAGGCGAUUAGAACAAUUUGAGAAACAGCGGGAACAAGAGAAACAAAAGAUGGCCGCCAAACAAGAGAAAAAGGAACGAGAGCAUGAAGAAUUUUUACGGAAACAAAGAAUAGAAGAAGAGCGUAAAGAGCGGGAGAUGAGAGAGAAACAAAGGAGAGAGGCAGAGGAGCAUAAGAAACAGCAGCAGCAAGAGGAAGAACGUAUCAGACAGAGGAAGAUGGAAGAGAUUAGAAAAAAGAAAGAUUUAGAACGUGAACAACUCCGGGAGAUGCAAUUAGCUCGAGAAGCUGAGGAACGCCAACUACGCGAUCAAGCAAGGCGACAAGAAGAGGAAUACACCCGCGAGAAACUCUUGUUAAGUACGCAGACUAGGGAAAAUAGAAUGAAUGAAGAUAUGAGACGAAUUGAGAAAUAUGGACAUUAUGAGGUGCAAGACCAAGGCAAUAGGCCACCACAGGCCCGAAGCCCAAACUAUGCUGGCCCUAAAGCUACCCUUAAUGCCCCUCCUCCCCCAGAGAGGAAAUCAUCAUAUGAGUAUACAAAUCCUAUGAACAUGUCCCAGUCUCAACAGCCUGCUCCCCAGCAGCCUAGUGGUAGUCAGUCUAUGCCUUAUGCCUAUGUUCCUCCCCACUCAGGUGGUCCCGGGCCUGCCACAUCACAACCGGCCUACUCAUCACUCCCCGCCAGUAGCUACGGCCCCACUGGGAGUUAUGCCCCACAGGGACAGCAGAGGGCCCAAUCUCAGUACUCAUCAUCUGGAUCGAAUGAACCACAGACCACAAAGUACUAUGGGAAUUAUCCACCUCAUCCUCCGCAAUCAGGAGCUCAUCCAGCUCCUCAGCCUCACCCCUAUAACCCCAACUCUCAGCUGUAUACCCAGCCGACAUCACAGCCUCAGGCAUAUCAGCCACAGGGCUAUAACCCUCCACAAACCCCCACAUCCUCACACUAUGACCCUAGUCAGCAGCAAAGAGGCCCGGGGAGAAGGCCAGAGCCUCAACAACCCCCAAGGGAGCCCCCUACAGCUGCCACUAAAAAAAGUGUGUCAUUUGACUCAAGGCCUCCCAUGGAUAUGGUGGAGAAUAGAGGGCCCCAGGGACAAAUGGGGGACAACCGAGGUCCACAGAGGCAAAUUAUGGACAAUAGAGGCCAACAACCCCAGGGGCAGAUGAUGGAUAAUCGAGGGGGACCUCCAAGUGGGUAUCCCUACCAGCAACAAGCAUACCAUCCUGCGGGAGGCUACAAAGAGGAUACCCCACCCCCUCCUCUACCUACUAGCCCCCCUCCCAAUGACACUGACCCACGUGGGUAUGGGGCAGAAAAUAUGCCACCACGAACCCCUGAAAAUAAUAAUGAUGCAAAAUAUGAGACUGGACCUACCCCCAGUAUCAUAGGAGCCCAAGAAGUAUAUAGAGACCCUAGACAGAGACUGUUGGCUGCUAAACAACAAAAUCCAAGAAACCCUGGCCAAGACAAAAUGUCAUUUAGGGAUAAAAUGAAAAUGUUCGCUACCGAAGCAGGCGAGGAUGGCACUCCUAGGGAAAAAUCAAAAGUGUCAAGUAAACAACGUUCUAUAGAGACAUCUAUAAAUGGACAGAGGUAGAACUCAUUGAUUGGUUGAGAUAUUCCCUGUGGAUUCAUCUAUCCUCGGAUUGGUUAAUUAUAUCCAGUCUUAACUAAUGAGUGUCACAUGAUCAAUUUUAGUGUGUUCAGUGAUAUCUAAUCAAUGGAUGCAAUAGAGUGUAGCUGAAGUGAUGUACAUGUAGUCCUCUAAGAUGACAUAUUCAGCCUCACAAGCUCCCUGUUCAAUGUAUCAUUGUAAGCACUCGCAUAAGAUAUGUGUGAUUUAUGUAAUAUAAGCAUUAACAUUGUAUCAUAUGUACAUCAAAGAUUGAGAUUUUAGUGUAAGUGCCUCCAUGGAAAAUGAAGAUGGUCAUGAAUCGUUACAGUCUGAUGGACAGCCUAAAUACAUGUAAAAGGCUCAAUAUGGGCUGAUUAGUAUAAAUAAAUUAAAUACAAUAAAACCUGUAUGUUGAAUAGUGAACACCCAUGGAGCCACA